UGAGGUUUUGGAUCUUCUUAUUUUAGAUCUAUCCCAUACACUGCACUGACGGUUUAAAGAACGUCAUCCUGGUUCACAGCUUUCCAUUUUCCCAUAAACACAAAUGUCUUAAGCUCCAAAAUUAAAAAAAAAAGUUUGCUAUUUAAAAUAGAAGCACAUCAGCUGUGUCUUAAGUUAUUAGAAUUUUGUUAUUUUUUUUAAUCUCGUUGGAAAAAAAAAAAAAAGACAAAUUUGUCCCCAAAGGAAAUCUCAUUCCCCAGGACAGAUUAGAUCCUCUGGUUGUAGAAGUAGCUGUUGACCAUCACCUUCCUGUAUUCCCAGAUGCUUUCUGCAGGGAUGAUGGAGGUAAAAUGGUUGAGAUCCUUCAGUCUUAACCAUUUGAGCUGGUCUCUCACGCCUUCUUCCUUAAACGCAGGCAAGAGGAGGCAGAGCUUGUGUUGAAGUACACACCCAAGAAAGUGAAAGAAGCAAAAGACAUGCAAAAAAAAAAAAAAACCCAAAAAGGAAGUGAGUGCAUGAGAGGCUCCUCGUGUGUCUGUGCUGCAGCCAACAGUCUCUCACGAUGGGACGGGAGGAGGGAGGCAUCAGGGUCUGAUGGAAGCGGCGUCAGUGUGACAGGAAGUGGUGAGCAGACUGAGCUACCUGGUAAAACAUGAGAUCCUUUCUCUUGCCUGCGAAUCAUCCGGAGCUUUGACGAACAUCAAUUUUUGCCAUGCCUUUAAAAUAAAAAUACUUAAAAAAAAAAGGAGGGAGCCUUUCGUGCCUCAUCCUGCCUGGUACCUGUCUGACCUGUUUGGAGGCAAAAUGACAGAAAACGGUGCUGUGAAAGACAAAGGCAAAACACGAGAGGAACUCAAAAUUGUCAUUGUGGGAGAUGGAGGCUGUGGAAAAACAUCUCUGCUCACGGUUUAUGCCAAAGGUAAUUUUCCAGAGAAAUAUGCACCAUCAGUGUUUGAAAAGUAUGUCACAACUGUUAAUCUGGAAGGAAAAGAGAUAGAGCUCACCCUCAAUGACACGGCGGGACAGGAAGACUACGACAGACUGAGGCCACUUUCGUACCAGGGGGUCAGCGUGGUUCUAGUCUGCUUCGAUGUCACCAACCCCACCAGCUUUGACAAUGUUCUCGUGAAGUGGUACCCAGAGGUGAAGCACUUUUGUCAGGACGUCCCGAUUAUACUGAUUGGGUGCAAAACUGACCUCAGAAAAGACAAAGAAUGUGUGAGGAAGCUGAAGGCCUUGAGUAUGGAUCCCAUCUCAUACAUACAGGGGGAACGGACGCGGGAGGAAAUGAACGCAACGCUCUACCUGGAGUGUUCGGCUAAAUUUCAGGAGAACGUGGACGACUUGUUCAAGGAGGCCACCAAAAGAGCCCUGGCUUUCAGACGAAAACAGAGAAAACUCAAGCGGAAAAAGAAAUGUGUCAUUUUCUGAGCUUGGAAAGGACUAUUCUACACAGGAUAACCAUCAAUCCACGAGGCUCCGUUGCACCAUCUGAGAGUUUUCUGCUUGAACUGCAACGUAAUGACUCAUGCAGCAACAGGAAACACUUCUUUUGAGAGUCGCACACAGGUUUUACAAAGAGAAAAUGGAAAGUUAACUUCAUGUUUGCAUACUGAAUGACUGUUUUUCUUUUUUUUUUGUCUCCAGCUGCCAGUAUUUGUAGGUUUUUUGUAUUUAUGGGUACAAAAAAUAACUUAAAAGCAAUCUGGAUGCUCUCACUCAGGAAUAGAGUUUAAAAGUGUUAUUAAAGAAAAAUCAGGGUUUAAUCAUUUACAGCAAAACUAAAUGCUGCUUCUUUGUAUUAUGUGUUGUUGUUGCAGGUUUUUUAACUGCACCAACAGCGCCGACUAGAGGUACAAAUAUGUAAUGACCAUGUUUCAUGAAUAGGACCUCAAUAUAUAGUUUUGUGCACAUAAAAUACACAUUUUUAUGAUGCUUUUUUUAUUAAUGUACACAGAUGUGUUACUGGCCACACAUUAGGAACUGAUAAAGUAUUAAAAUGAACUGCAACUGUAUGAAAAAUCUGCUUUUUUUUUAAAAAAAAAAGAAAAAACUUCCACCUGAAUUGUGAUUUUUAAUCUCUUGUUCAUCGCAGAAAUCCAUGUGAGCGUAACGCCGCUACUUCAAAGAUGCAAUAGCCCUCGCGGUGAGGAAAGUGAGGCCUCACGUACCCGAGCAUCGGAAAGAUAAACCAGUUUUUCCUAAAAAAA